CAAAAACUAUAAUUAAAUUAUAAUACAAUGCAUGAGAAGUGUUUAUGUUUAGACCUGUAGUUUACAAAAAACCUUCCUUGUGAAUAAGAUGGUCCUAAGCUGCCAAAAGAAUUUCGUUUUACCAAGCUAGCUAAUCAAGAGAAAUGUUACGACAUGGCGGAGUUCCUGCCCCUCUGCGACGUGCUUUUCAACGUGAUCUCGCUGGCCGGUUACUUCUGCGAUGUCGUGUUCGACGUCGUGAUGAGUUACGCGCUCCUCGAACGCGGCUAUAAGGCCACGUUCGCGGCCGCCAUUUCUAUAGUCGUCACGUCGCUUCUUAUAACGCAGGUCCUAUCCCUCCGGUGGUACGUGUCGAUGUGGGGCGCGGAGGAACGCGCUCGGUCGCGGGCGGUGGCGGCGCUGCACUGCCUGCAGCUCGGCGUGCUGUGGCGGUACGCGCGCCUGCUGGCCCCCGUCGACACCAGCACGCCGCGCGUCAAGCACCAAGUGCGCGACCUCUGUAUGCUGCGGCUGGUUCACGCGUUUUGCGAGGCGGCCCCGAUGCUGCUGCUGCAGCUGAACGUGCUACUCCGAGAGGAACCCGAGCCUGAGCCGCUGGACUCCCCCGGGAUCUCGCCUGCCGGCAACGCAGCAUUCGCAGAGCUCAACGUGAUAUCAGCAUCCCUGUCACUCUUCUCCGUGUGCUGGGCUCUGGCCAGCUUCAGCAAAAACGUGCGACUGAGAAAUGUGCACCGGCUGGUGCUGACGUGGCUUGGUGUUAUUGUUCAGUUCCUUUGGCGGUUGGGGACGAUCUCGGCGCGUAUCUGCGCGCUCACUGCUUACGCUCUAGUCUACGAAUACUGGGUCUUCUUAGUUAUAGGUCUCCACUGGGUCUCAAUGUUCUUAUGGCUUAUCUCGCCUAAGAACGUGUUCGACGGCGAGCGCGUCGGUCGCGCGAGGAAAGCGUUACUAGCCGCGUUGAUAGCGGCAGUAUAUGUGCUAGCUUAUGUCAACCUGCAAGAGCAUAGGCAUAAGCAGAAAAUGGUGGCGUUUUACGUAGUAAUGUUCGUAGAGAACGCUCUACUCCUAGUGGCCUGGUGGUGGGCCGCGCCACGGCCGAAUAUGUCCGUGGUGGGCUUUUCCGCUGCCGCUUAUGUUUCUGGCCUGGCGUGUAUGCUGCUCUACUAUAGGUAUUUCCAUGUCCGAAGAUUGGGCUACAUGUUAGGAGAAAAUCAACAGGGCACAAAUAGUACAAAUGCAUCGUCACAAAAUAAAAAUGGGAAACAGGCGAAUAACGCUGACAAUCCUGUGAUUCCGGGCGUGUUCAACUGUCGGUUUACAAACCCGGUCAAUAGCAGCGCGGCGCUCCGCAAGAAGAAGAAGCCCACCUCCUUCGUGCCGCCCCCCGCCGCCCCCGCCCCCGCGCCCGCCCCCGCCGCCUUCUGGCGCCGCCCGCUGCCGCACAACCACCACGGUGGCUCUUCCGAAAACGAAGGGUCCAGUGUCGGUUCUCGCGUCAACAUCCAACAGAAACUCCAAGAAAAGAAACAAAAACAACUAGCCGAGCUGCGCGUCAUAGAGGAAGAGAUCAAACAAGGAAAACUCGCCAAGACCACCCCAGUAGCUGCAGAAGAAAUAUACAGCAGUCUACAGAGACAACCUAUACCUAGAGCAAAAACUCAUGCCGAACCCCCCGCCUGGCCCAGCAUAGAAAUGACCCACUCCUACCAAAACUACCCCGUCCCCCACACCUGCAACAUCUACCCCACCUACACAGAAAUCAAAAACUACAGCCAGCCCUUCCAAAACAACAACACAGACCUCAACGACCUCAAAAUCCACAGACGAUACGAUAUAUACGAAAACCCGAACAUAUCCCGUCCUAUCCAUUCACCUAAUUACUUAGAAAACAGGAGCUACGAGAACCGAGCUAGCCCUCGAACUAUAAAUAACAGCCCUAGGAAUUACAUCACUGAGAACAAUUACGAAGUUUCCUUAGAUAAGCCUAGAUUACCUAACAACAUAUACAGCGAUACGCCUGAAUACUUUGAGAAUCAGCCUUACAAUAAAGACGAAUACGUAUCAAAUCUACUGAAUCAAAGUAUAGACGCUAGGUACGAGUGUUACGGGCAGAACUGCGACCGGUUUCCGUACGUGAAGAAGGAGGAAGGGAGACGGAAGAUGCAGCGGUGUCGCACGCCAGAGAUAUUGCUCGCGCCGCACUAUCUAGAGGGGUGUAAUCGACAAGUGUGCUGUCAUUGGGGGGCGCCUUACCCCAGUCGGAAAAAGGAAGAGGGCCUGGUGGCAGCUAGCAGUGGCGACGAGUCAGCUGCUAGGGACACGCCGCGAGCGCCCUCUGAUAUCGACAGCCAAAUCUCUCUACCACGUUCGUACACACUGCCUCGAGAGUUCCGCUACUGGCGUCGGCGGCCGCGGCUCCGCGACCAUGUUCCCAGCAACAACAGUAGUGAUGGUGACGUAGACAGUGGUGAUAACGACAGCGAUCGCCGCUCAAACUGCUCAGCCCGACAACCCUACUGCGCGCCGCUAGCGCUCGACGACCAUCGCCGGCGAAGAAAACCGAUGCCGAAGCCCGAAACUAAACUGUAGCCACGGAGGUUUGAGGAUAAAUACUUUUUCUCAAACAUGCAAUGAAAUAUUGUCUUUACGUUCCUUAAAAUGGGCUGGGAAGUAUCGCUUUUUGGGCGCAACAACUCGAGAGGACUGUAAAGGGAUUUCAUAUUAU